UCUCAGCCAAACACAGAGUGGAGACGAUCGGCUCAGAUGUCUCGGGUUUCGAGACCCUAUUACAUUUAACCAUCAGUGAAACACCGGCUUGUAAGCAGCACACGAGCCGCUACGACCAAACCCACGUGAUCAAAUGCGGAAAUUGUCUGCUAGUGUAGCGGAGUAAAGAGGGGAUUGGAGGUUUUGGUGUGUGUUUGUAUUUUGACCUGCUGGUGCUGGUCGGAGCAGUAGUCGCUGGAGUCCCUGGACCGAGCAACACUUCCACUUGAGGGGACAACGAAGCUCUCGGGUCGCCGUACGAGUUUCCUCCGUCGUGAACAAAAAGCAAGGGUCGUUCUGAGGUCACACUGUUGAGAUGACAAGGCUGUGACAGUGUGUGUCCAAUUGUGUCUGUGCUGGACCGAUUCCUGUGACAUGGCUACUGCUAAGAAGAGUUGUGCGAAAGCAGGAGGCGUGCGCUUCUCAGAUGAACCCCCCGCUGUAGGAGCCCCAUCACAUGUUCACUUCGACGAAAAGCUGCACGACUCGGUUGUCAUGGUGACCCCGGAGGAUGACGGGAACUUCAUGGUCAAGGUUGGCUUCUUAAAGACGCAGCACCGGUAUGAAAUAGUGUUCACCUUGCCCGAAGUCCCAGCUCUGGGGAAGGAUGUGUGUCCAGCGCCAGUACCCAGUCCACACCUCCGGAUCACUGAUAUCACACCGGCACCAGAGGGAGGUCUGAAGGUGACGUGCGAAUACAUGGCCCAGCAGGAGGGAGUUCUGUGUGAGGAGGUGCUGCUGCUGAGCGAGACCAACGAGAACGUCAGCGUUAAAGUCAAAGUUCACGCCAGAGUCAUGGUUUAG